CAAGUUUGGUAUAAGCUUCUUCCGCACAUGUGUCUCGUGAUUUCAAACAACCAAUUCAAUGUGUAACGAAUCAAAGACCACGAAAAUAAUUGUUUUAAUUCAACUGUUGCAUUUUUUCUCCAGUCUGGUUAACACUAACAUUAUAUCAUUAAACCAUGACACUACGACAUCAUCAGGAAAAUAUGACAAAAUUAUAUUCUUGCAACAUACAAAUGCAUUAAACAUUUUCGGGUACUGUAAGCAUUUACAACAAAUUUUAUAAACUUAAAUGAAUCAUUACCGUUGAAUAAAAUAGUUAAGUUCAUUACCAUGAAAUUUCAAGAAAAGAAAAAAAGUUCAUUACCAUGUGGAAAAGUCAAAAACAACUUCUGUAAUAAAAGCAGAACGAAAGACUCGCUGCAUCAGAUGUUCUCCGCAAGACAAGAACAAGAAAAAAAGGUGGAAACUCCUGAACCAUUCAUGGCUGAACCAACUCGGCCGCUUCUUACAGAUUCAAACUCGCUUCCACCAAGGUCCCUCGACGAGACCAUCGAGAGAUACAUUGGAAGCUUUGGUUGGGCACAGUUUCUUCAAGCCACGUUAGUCUCUUUCUCCGGCGUUUUCGACGCGCAACAAACUUUCAUCUCUGUUUUCACUGAUUUCGAACCCACGUGGCACUGCACCGAGUCAGACUCGUGCCAUGACUCCCUCUCCAACAUCUGCAUCCUCCCCAAAACCGCAUGGUCAUGGGAUCUCUCUCCACACGUCUCCGUUAUCUCAGAGUGGAGUCUCCAAUGCUCCGGCUCGUUCGUCAAGGGCUUGCCGGAGAGUUCCUUCUUUGUCGGAUGUUUGAUCGGCGGUUUGGUUCUCUCGACGCUAGCAGAUUCGUCGAUGGGUCGUAAGAACAUGCUGUUUCUAUCAUGUCUUAUCAUGUCGAUAUCAGCAAUGCUUACGGUCUUCUCACCUAAUGUUUGGGUUUACGCUUUUCUUCGGUUCGUUAACGGGUUUGGUCGAGCGACGGUCGGGACGUGUGCUCUAGUUCUCUCGACUGAGCUGGUCGGGAAGAAGUGGCGAGGACGUGUCGGGAUCAUGAGUUUCUUCGGGUUCAUGCUAGGGUUCUUGUCUCUCCCUGCCAUGGCUUAUAUAAACCGAGGGAACUCAUGGAGGGUUCUAUAUCUAUGGACCUCGGUUCCGACCAUGGUAUACUGCGUCAUGGUUCGGUUUUUCGUUUGCGAGUCUCCAAGGUGGCUUUUCGUCAGAGGUCGUAGAGAAGAAGCCAUUUCGAUUCUCAAAAGGGUUGCUUCGAGCGAUGUCGCCAUGAGUUUACCAUUUGAGGAGCAAGAAAACAUAGAUGAGAAACCUAGUGUUAACAUCUACGCAGCCAUGAAGGUGUUGGUGGAGAAGAGAUGGGCACUUAAGAGACUAUCCACGGUGAUGGUGGUUGCGUUUGGGAUCGGUUUGGUCUAUUACGGGAUGCCUCUAGCGUUAUCUAAUCUCGAUUUCAAUGUCUAUAUGAGUGCAGCGUUUAAUGCCUUGAUGGACUUGCCAGCAAACCUCAUCACACUUUUCCUGGUCGACAAACUCAGCAGGAGAAACGCACUCAUCGGGUUUACGGCGUUGGGCGGGGUCUCCAGCGUUCUCAUAUUCGCGUUACAGAAUUUGAGAAUCAAUAACCACGGGGCGUUACAGUUGGUAUUAGAACUAAUGUCUUACUUUUGUGCGUGUUCGGCUUUUAACGUGGAGAUGAUUUACACUAUUGAGUUGUUUCCGACAUGUGUGAGGAACUCGGCCAUCGCAAUGGCUAGACAGGCAUUGGUGCUUGGUGGGGUUUUCAGCCCUGUUAUGGUAGCAGCUGGUCGGAAGAAUGGGGUCUGGUCGUUCGGGUUGUUUGGUCUUGCCAUAGGUUUGCUUGGUUUGUUUACGGUCGGAUUGCCAGAGACUAGAGGGAGUGAUCUAUGCGACACUAUGGACGAGGAAGAAUGCAGAGAUCGGCGGAGUAACAAUGAUAUGGCUAGUAGUGUGAUUGCAUGAUCAGAUGAAGAGUUUUAAAUGCAUGUAACGUAGAGUUUAUCUCUUACUAUCACUUGAUUGUUUUUUAAUGUAUAAUCCAACGUUAAGGUUUUUCACUUUUUUCUUAAAUUGUAGGCCUUGCAUUUUUUUCGUUUUUUGUUUUCUAUUUCAUAAAUAGACCUUAAGAUAAUGUUUCAAAAUUUACACUAUAAUCAGUCAUUUCAAACGAGUGUGGAGAGGAAUCAAGAUAGCUAGACAUCCAUGUCUUUUUUUUGCUAAACUGUUAAUAUUCAAAUUAAUGAAAGAGUUAGAUUUACAAAAAAUCAAAGAGUACCACUAUGGCAAAAAAGAAGAAAAAACAUAGUGGAGCUAGGUAAAGGAUUUGUGAAAGAUUAUUAUCUAAGCCAAAAAGACAUGAGAGAAGAGAAGUUCUUUCGUUUCCGUUUGGCAGUGAUGGUGAUCCGAAUGUCGCGGUCAACAAGACAGAAGAUUUCAGCUGUGGAGAGAGAUAUCUGGUUAUGGAUGACGUUGUUGCGUUGUUUCCACAAGUGAAAGAUGAUGGUCUGAACAGAGAUACGACGAAGAGUGACGGUUGGGGAAGCUUGCGGUCCUCUGAUUCAAGAAAGAAGUUCAGCCCAUGAGAGCAGACUGUGACGGGAACGGUCGAGACGUUCGAACAGCAACCUCCAUAUCUCCUUUGAGAAGUCACACAUAAGAAGAAGAUGGUCUCUGGUCUCAUUUUGAGAUGAGCAAAGGGGGAAACAAGUUUCGAUGUUAAUGCCCCAUGAUGCGAGCCGCGAUUUGGUGGGGAGACGGUCUGCAUUAGCAACCCACAUAUUGAAAGCGUGUUUUGGAGCAGCGCCUUUGAACCAAAUAAGCUCAGCCCAUUGUUUCUUUGUCUCCCGAGGCCUGAGAAUUUCCCAGGUGUGAGAAGCGGAGAAAGAUCCAUCCGAGUUACCAUUUGCUUCCUAGACGUAGGCAUCUUCGUUUACAGACGAGUCAGGGAGCGGCAGAGUAGUUAGGUGUAUGUGGAGAUCAAGUUCUUGCUGAGAGCGAGGCCCUCCCAAACACCAGCCCGUAGCGUUAGCAGCUCGAUUAACAGUGGCGUUUAUGGGAAUUCUCGUGUUUCUCGGUCCAUUUGCGCCAAUGUAAAGAAUAAGUUGGCCUAGGGGAGUCCAAAUAUCAUACCAAAACUUAAUCAUAGAGAACUUUCCCAAGUUAGCUCGCAAGAAAAUAAGGGCUGCCGGUCUCAACUUCAACAAACGUUUCCACAUCCAAGAGUCUUGUUGAGUUUCCCCAAUAGCCCAAAAACUCUCCUGAGAUAAAUUGUAAUGACGAUGCCAAUCAGCCCAAAGAGAAGGUUUGUCGGAGAAGAGAAGCCAAAUGAAUCGAAGGCAGAGGACCUGAUUCCAGACUGUAAAGUUACGGAGACCUAGACCGCCUUCAUCCUUGGGGAGGCAAACGGUAGACCAAGCAACCUUAGCAGAUUUACGCAGCUCUAUAUUACCAGACCAAAAAAACCGAAUGCAGAGCGAUUCAAUUUGCUUGAUACAGCCUUUAGGCAAGAUGAAACAAGACAUCCAGAAGUUUACAGUGCCGGUAAUGACAGUGGAGAGGAGCUGAAGACGGCCUGCGAAGGAGAGAUUAUAGUAGCCCACAUUUUGAACCUAGCCGAGAUCUUAGCAAUAAGGGGAGCAUAUUCUGAUAUUUUCAGUUUCCUCGACAUGAGAGGAAGACCGAGGUACCUAAUAGGCAGAGAACCGGUAGUGAAACCAAACCUCGCGAUGGCAGCGGCUUCCUGAGGAUCCAGGCCAGCAAUGAAUAACUCAGUCUUUUCUUUAUUCAUUUCCAGACCAGACCAGCUAGCAAAAUCUUCCAGACACUCGGAGAUGCCAUGUAGAGAGCUACAGCUCCCAUAAAAAAAUAUCAUAACAUCAUCUGCAAACAUGAGAUGGGAUAUCUGAAGGUCAGCAGUAUUUGGAUGAUAGGAGAUCCAGCCCGCCUGAAAUCUGGAAUGAAGCAGCCGCGAGAGAGCUUCCAUGGCAAGCACAAAGAGAUACGGAGAGAGGAGAUCACCCUGACGCACUCCCCUAGUGCUCUAAAAGUAUCCUCCAGAAACCCCGUUAACCGAAACAGAGAACGAGGACACCCAUGUCUUGCUUAUACUUUAUCUGACAUUAAGAUUUAACCUAACCGAAUUAAAUGCGAGCGAAACCAUUACAUAUAUUCGUCGUUCCAAUCAUGGGUAUAAUACUACUAUGUUAGCUGGAGUUGCUGGUAGUUGACUGUGUUGGUAAUAGUCAAUGCGAAACACAUACCAUACCCGCUUGUUUUGUAGAUAUGCUUUCAUUGGUUUUAAAUGUCGAAACUCUAUUAUACUAUCAAAAGAAUUGUCGAAAAUUGAGGUCAAAAAAUUGUCCGCAAUCAUGAGAAAGGGACUGUACUGUUUGUUUUUUAUCAGUUAAACUAACCUUUGUUACGAAUGAGCUGACUAAUGACAUUUAUACAGGGAAACUUUUAUAUGUCAACUAAAUUAAUUUGCUAUAUAGUAUGAAUUCGUGUCUAUUUACAUGCAUUCAUAUAUUGGGUGAUGACUUCUUCCAUUUGUAUCAAAAUUCCAUAUAUAAGCCACUACAAGAAAACUUCAUGAACUCCGACGAUAUUUCCCGAGAACACAAGUCGUCAGAAUGGUUUUGAUGAUUUGUUGACAAUUUUCCGAGAAAUGAGUUUUUUUGUCGGUAUUUUCUCGGAACUUUUUGACAAAACUGUUUCGUCGGUUAUUUCUCAUAAAACUUUGUCUGAAUAUUCCGAUCACCUAGUUUUCUCGGCAGUGUCUCGGAAAUGUUUGUCGGAAUCUUCUCGGGAAGACAUAGAUUUCCGAGAACAAAGGAGUUCUCGGUAUAUCUCCGGAGCUUCUCGGAAAAUCAUUGGGUUUUGUCUUUAAAAUGUAUCGGGAAUUGAAAAUUUUCUGAGGAGAGACCGACAAUGAACUUCAUCACAGAGUCAUCGGAAGUUUCUCAAAAAUUACCGACUGUUGGACGUUGUCGGAAGAAGCACAGAAAACAUGACACAUAACGUCGGUCUAUUCUCGGAAUCGAAAACUAUAUUUGCCGCGUAGAUAUUU